AUGAGUAAACCGCUCGACGAGCUUGAAGAAGAAUUUACACGUACCGAGCUUGACCUGGAUCAGGCGCGUCUUGACGGCGUUAGUGGCCCCGCCUUCCGGACGUUAUUCAAUACCUGCAAACUCAAAUUCCUCGCGUUCAAUCGUGUUCGCGAGCAGAGUGGUAUGGACCCGCUACCGCUACCCGACAGCAUUCGAGAAACAACGACGACGCCUUCAUCGCAGAAGGCUCCUGACAAUGCACCAUCAUCAAGUGUGCGGGCUGCCUUACGUUCCUCAUCAACCAGGGCCUCGUCCAACAGACAUUGCGCAAGGACGCAGGUCGCUGUGAUCAGUGAAACUUCCUUCAACCAAUCGCCGCCGCGCCGUAAGGCAAGCGAAAAGCAACCCGUUCAGCAAAGGCGUUCGAAGAAGGAGCUACCGCGCUUGGAGACCAGAGGCCCUUCGGCCCAGCGGGCCAUUGAGAUCUCGUCAGACGAAUCUGAGGACAACGACGUGGUCAUACUCUCGCCCAGGUCUGUUCGACAGCUUAAGCGCACCGCGCAGGGUUCCUCCCAGAAUAUUGUGGGCGCUGCAUCAAAGAUACGCAGCCGGGCGCCCGCGAAGUAUACUGUCCAAUCUGCGCCCGAGAGCCAGGAAGAUCACAACGAGGCGGUAGAAAUUGACGGAGAUGCAGACGAGGACGGGUCUGCCGGGAAUGGGGUCGGAGCCGAAGUGCAGGAUUUGGACUCAGUGGGGCCAGGCGCGGGGAUGCCAGGCGUUCUUUAUGGUGGUGCAGUAAGCAAGGGCGAGGGUGAUGAAACUGGUGUCAGUGAAAGGGGUUGUGGAGACGAUACGAGCCUCACCUGUAAGGAGGACAAUGAUUGCGCGUAUUCGACACGCCUCCUUCGCAUUGCGGCUUUUUGCACGGAGCAAGCCGCAGGGUGGCCCUCUAAGUUCUGCUGCGAGGUGUCCCGCCUAUUUUUUGCUCUCGUUGAUUGGGAGCGGGGUAACUUCUUCCGGGAUUAUGGGGCCGAAGUUCCGGCGUUGCCCGACCAUAUGCGCUAUGACCAGCGCAUAGAGCUCGGCGACUAUGCAAAGACAGCUGGAACACGAGGCAAAGGUGUCCCAAAUGAAGUCGUCGAGUGCGUGAGGCGUGUGCGGAGCAUGGCGUUCAAUGACGCUCGCAAACUUUUUGGCCGGAACGGCUUGUCGGCGCUGGUGGUGGCGAUGAUGGACGCGCGCAUCAGCAAUGAAGGCUUUGACUCCGUGUUCCGACUGCUUGUGCAAGAGCUUUCCUGCUUGUUAGAUGGGCUAUUGGGAACCAACCAUCCGGGUCGGCCGGGCACCGUUCUGGAGUUUCUUGAGAUGGAGAGUCCAGAUAUAACGAACAAGUGCUCUCGUGCAAUCAAGUGUUUCAGCACUAUAGAGCAUUCGACAGGGCUGAGCAAUCGGGCGCUCACAAAGCGAAAGAUGGACAGUGGCGACGAAUACCCCAAAGACUGCGCUGGAGAACAUAAGAAGAGACGCGUUCAGAUCUGA